AAGUAACCGAUAUCUGCUUUUGCCGCCAGACUUACGGUGAGAUUGGUGAGAAUUGUCGAUUGAAAAUGUAUACUUAACUUUAAAAUAGGAUUAUGCGCUGAAAUAAAAAGCUUUGGCAACACUUUCGUACAUAUCUAAUUUCCCAGAACUUACAAAUAAAAAAAAGGGAUUCACCCAAAAAAAAUUCCAGAAGAAAGCGUAAUUAUGGAUUAUCAAAGGUCCUCACCUAAAAAUUUGAUGCCAAUGCUCCAAAAUUCCUUGGAUCUUGAUAAUGCCUUCGACGCGGAACAAUUUGAAUGGUUAUUGCAAUGGAGCAAGCUUUUUUGCCGGGAAACCGACAUGGAUCAUACGGAUCUGCAAAUGCAAGUACUAUCCGUCGAUUCCCAGAAGCAAAAGCUUACCCACGAGCUGGAUCAACUAAGGGAACAGCUCAGGGAUGGAAAUCAGGGUAACCAGGAACUCCAGAAGGCCCUUGAAAAGGUUACCUAUGACUUUCAGUUCGCCAAUUCGCAGAAGGAACAACUAACGAUUGAGCGGGAUAGCAUGAUAUUGCAGUUGGAAGAGAAGGAUAUUCAGUUGAAAGGAAUCGAGGCCAAGCUGAAGGAGCAGAUCCGCUCGAUGCAGGUCAUCAUUUCGGAGUCCCAGCAGCAAAUCUCCCAAAAGGAACAAAUGCGCCUCGAGUUGCUGAAGAAUCUCGAAGCUCAGGAGCAAAUGCAUCUGCAGCAAAUGGAGGCACAGAAGCAGAGUCUGGAGGAGAACAACCUGGACAGCAUCACUUGCUCCAUCUGCCUGGUGGCCUGGGAUGCAAGUGGUGGCCAUCGGGUCGUCUCUCUGAGAUGUGGACAUCUCUUCGGGGAUUCUUGCAUUCGAGCUUACCUAAUGAGAAGUACUGACUGCCCGAUUUGCAGACAGACGGCAUAUGCCCAGGAUCUUCGCUAUAUCUUCGGUCGUCAUAUCAUGCCGAACCCAACGCAGUGUUCCCAAUACUAACAAAUAUUUUAUUGUUAUUACCUUUAACUAUGAGUUCUUAUUUUUUUUUUCUUUUUUGAACUACAUAUGUACGCCACUCAAGAAAAAUGCAUACAACACAGAAAUUUAAACAAUGCUUUGUUUACAUAUCGAA